AUGAGAACACUUGUUGGAUUUUGCUUCAUCUGUCUCUUAAUCGGACAAGAUCUACCUUUUCUAGUUGCAGAUGACGUCAUCAAUGAUUCGUCUCAAAAUCUCUGUUUUGGAAACAGAUUAUCCGAUUUCCUCCCUCCACCUUACAACAACAUCUCCGAUUCAAUGCCUUGUACACCUCUCUGGAACACAUUCGUCUUAAGGUACUCAGAAAACAGAGACAAUGUAAUGACGAUAAUAGUCUCGGCUUUAUACACAACCGGAUGGGUCGGAAUCGGAUUCUCUAAAGAUGGAAGAAUGGUUGGAUCAAGUGCGAUGAUUGGAUGGAUUUCAAAGAAGGGUCAUGCUAAAAUCAAUCAAUACUAUCUCCAAGGAACAGAGAGAGAUCAAGUUGUGCCGGAUCAAGGAGAGUUACAAUUACAAAAAGUUCCUCCGGUGGUUGCUCUUCACGGAGCAAUGAUUUACUUAGCUUUUCAGGUUAAAUUCGCCGUUAAAGUUCCUCGUAGAGCCGUGAUUCUUGCGUUUAGCACAACUUUUCCUUCGAAGCUAGGUCGUUUGAGUAAGCAUGAUGAUAAAACCACAGUUAUAGUCGAUUUCUCAAAAGCAAGUGGAGCAAGAACAUCGAUAGAUACGACCGUUUCUACGGAGAGGACAAAGCAUGGGAUAAUGGCGAUACUUGGAUGGGGUUUCUUGCUUCCUUUAGGAGCAAUCCUAGCAAGAUAUCUUAGACAUAGAGACCCUCUUUGGUAUUAUCUUCAUAUCGGUUUUCAAUUCGCGGGUUUUAUCUUCGGUUUAGCGGCUGUUAUUCUCGGUAUACGGCUUUACAAUAAGAUCCAACCGGAUAUACCUGCGCAUCGAGGCAUCGGGAUCUUUCUUCUAGUCCUUAGCAUUCUUCAGGUAUUGGCUUUCUUUGCGAGGCCGCAAAAGGAGACAAAGAUGAGGAGAUAUUGGAAUUGGUAUCAUCAUUGGAUUGGAAGAAUCUCUUUGUUUUUUGCAGCAGUGAACAUUGUUCUUGGGAUUCGAUACGCGAAUAAUGGAGGAGAUGGUUGGAAAAUUGGUUAUGGAUUUGUUUUGGCAGUGACAUUACUUGCUUUUGUUGUUCUUGAAAUAUUCAGGAUUCGUGGCUCCAUUGGUUCACCAUCUUCUUCUUCUUCUCAUACGCCUCCUUCUUUUGAGACACAUCCAAGUUCUACUAGUGUUUGA